AUGGAAUCAAUACUUGAGAAAGUUGAGAGAAUAACACUAAUUAUAGAUGAUAUCAAUUUGGAAAAAACUUUUGAAGAUUAUUAUAAUGAUGAUAUAAUAGAUCUUAGACCUGGCUUAAAAUUUACAAAAGAAGUCUUUGAAAUAAUUUAG